UCCGUUUCAUCAUCCGCGAUGAUUUAGCCGUAACAAAGAACGUCUACUGUGUACAUAACAAUACAUAUUUCUUUGGCCGUAAUUCCGUAUUGGUAUUUGUGAAAGCCAGCGCUGCAGGGCAGAUGUUCAAAUCAUUGGUUAAUACAUUUUAAGGAGGUACCUUUUGCACCAUCAAUUCGAUCACCAACGGUUUGUUUCAUAUAAUCUGGCUGCGAAACAGUUCGAGCAUUGAAGCGCGAUGAAAUCUGCGUGCUCUGCUUCCAUUACGGUGAACUCUAGUCGAAAUGUUGUAUAUUAUUUUGUUUAAUCACGUUGUGAAUGUCAUUUACUUUGUGUAAGUGAAGUUCGAGCAUUUGUUAGCGAACGGAAACUACCCACUUCGAAAAGUCGUUAUUUAAAUAAGAGAAAUAUGCUAAAUAUACGUUAAUUCACUUUUUUUCAGAAUCGUCUUGAAAUCGAAGAAGCGUAUAUAACAUCAUUGCUUGAAUUCGUUAUUGAGAAUUGUAUAUGUACUCAGGGAAAUAAUCCUAUUUGUGUGAAGUAUAAUUUAUUUUUUUGCCUACUAUUUCCAGAAAUCACGGCAUACUUAAUGUCACACAACUCAUGAGCUUCUUGCAUAAACAUUCUUGAAAAGGUAAUCAGAAAUACAUUUUCAUUGAAUAGCUGGUGCGAAGAAUAUAAGAACUAAUCCGAUUAAUUUAUUUACCCAAUCCAUAAGUGAUUUUAAAUUUAAUUUUAAUCAACUUCUUUUAUAUUCAUGCAAAACACAGUCGUCAGUGUAAAAUGGGUUACAAAUCACGAUAUCAAAAUUGUCCAAAGUAAUCUUGUAAUUAUCUGUACAAGGAAAGCAUUUCAUCUGUGUGUAUAUAACAAGUCAUUUAGAAAAUAUUUUAAAGAUGUUUUUAUGUAGAUAUUUAUUCACACUGAAAAUAGCCUAUAUAAAUGUGUGAAUUAAGUUAUUAAAAAAUAAUAAUAAUUUAAACUAGAAUAUGCAUCUUGACAUAGGAGAAAAACCUCAUAUAUGUGAGAUAUGUAAGAAGUCAUGUAGAAGAAAGAAACAGUUAAUAUCUCAUAUGCUUGUCCACACAGAAGAAAGACCAUAUAUGUGUGAGGUAUGUAACAAAUCAUUCAAACAGAAAAGUAAUUUAAACAAGCAUAUUUCUCUUCAUACAGGAGACAAGCCUUAUGUCUGUGAAGCAUGUAACAAGUCAUUUAGACAAAAAACUGAAUUAAGCAAACAUACACUUAUUCACACAAAAGAGAAACCCCAUGUGUGUGAAGUGUGCAACAAGUCAUUUAGACUAAAGAGUCAUUUGAAGACUCAUUUGCUUGUUCACACGCAAGAGAAACCAUAUGUAUGUAUAGAAUGUAACAAAUCAUUUACGCAGAAGGGUACCUUGAAUCAGCACAUGGUUACCCACAUAGGAGAGAAACUUCAUGUAUGUGAAGUGUGUAAUAAGUCAUUUGGACAAAAGAGGGUGAUAAACAACCAUACUCUUAGUCACUCAGGUGAGAAACAUGAGCCAUUUGGACAAAAGGAUUGUAAUUUGAAAACACAUAUAAUUAUGCAUGCAAAAGAAAGACCACAUGUAUGUAUAGAAAGUAAAAAGCCAUUUACAGAAGAGCAUGAUUUAAAUGAACAUGUAUGUUUGCAUGCAGAAGAGAAACUCAAUGCCUGUGAGAUAUGUAAAAAGCCAUUUAUACACAAAAAUUUGUUAAAAUCUCAUGUGCUUUUUCACCCAGAUGAAAGACCACACAUGUGUGGCAUAUGUAAUAAAUCAUUUAAAAGAAAAGGUCACUUAAAUGACCACAUGCUUAUCCAUGUAGAGAUGAAACCUCAUUUGUGCAUCCUGUGUAAUAAUAAGUCAUUUAGACGAAAGAGUGAUUUAAAGCACCAUAUGCGCAUUCACACCGGAGAGAAACCUCAUGUGUGCGAGAUGUGUAACAAGUCAUUUAGAUUAAAGAGUGUUUUACACAAGCAUGUGCUUAUUCACACAGGAGAAAAACCUCAUAUGUGUAAGGUGUGUAAAAAAUCAUAUAGACAGAAGGGUAGUUUAAAAAAGCAUAUGCUUAUUCAUGGAAGAAACAAACCUCUUGUGUGAUUUAGAAAAAUGGAUGAUUCCAUGACACAUGUAUGUUAUCCACAGAGAAGAAAAGUUUCAUGCCUCACAUCUGUUAGAUGGAAAGUUAAGUUAAUAGCAUGAAUGGCUUGUGUAGCAGAGAAACAUCAUGAUGUGUGGAUGUAAUAUAUCAUUUCAGAUGUUAACACAGGGAAACAAAAUUCCUGUAUGCUAGUUAACACUUAUGUCAUUUUAAAGGAAAGCCAAAUUAAAACAGCAUUUGCUUAUUAAUGAUAUAUAACUAGUCUUGCUUAUGAAGAAAAAACUUAAAUAGUAUGCUUAGCUGACUCCUAUAUUUCAAGACUGAUUCUGUAAUUGAAUUUUUUUUUUUUUUUUUUUCCUGGGAACAACUGAAAAUCUUGUGCCCCUCCUGUUUUGCCAAGAGGGGAAAACAUUUCAUUCUCAAAAUCCAUAACAUCUGUUUAGCGCCACUGGACAUUGUGCCCAUGAACAAAUAGCCAUAGGUAUAAGGUUUCAUGAAAAGAAUAAUUGUGUUGUGCAUAAUGAAUAAAAUACAAUUAUAUACUAUCUUUCAAGGGACCAUUCCUAAACAACAUAUAAAUGAAAAAGACAUAUAAACAAAAUUUUAAUUUAUGUGAAACAUUCAUAUAUUAGUUGUGUAAUUUUGAUGCUACUAACCUAGUACUGAUAUUACACAAUCUGAUUAUCACUUUUUCAAUUUGUUUAAAUUAUUAACUAUAUUCAAAGAAAUUUGGGUGCUUUUCUGUUAUCAGAACCAGAUUCAGGAAGUGUAAGUAUAUAUGCAUGUAUGGAUGGAUUGAUGUGUUCAUGUAUACAUAUGUAUGUGUGUAUGUACAUACAUAUACACAUAUAUGCACAUACAUACGUGCAUGUAGUAUUUUAAAUGCACAAACGCCACUGGAACUUUUUAACAGCUUGCAGUCUUAGAUGGCUGAGUGGAAUGGUAGGAAGAAGUUGACAUAAAUCAAGUUCAGCUAAUUAUCAUCUUCAUUUCUAGGCACAUUAAGAAUUAUUCUUUGUAGACGAUAUACUUUUUUAUCCUAAGCAAUUACAAUAAUUUAUUAUUCACAAGCUGUGCAUGGUGUAAUAUAAACAGGCUAACACAGGCACCUCAUCAACAGAAAAGUAUGCUUUUUUUAUAGUACUCUUCUGUUAUCAGGAGUAGAUUCAGAAAAGAAUGGAUGUAUGUGUGUACAUACACACAUAAAUAUAAAUACAUACAUAUGUACAUUUCCGAAUCUGUUAUCGAUAACAGAAGAAUACUGUUUUUAUUUACUCAUUUAUUCUGGAGAAACCUAAAUUUUAAAUGAUUUUUGUUAUAAAUCUUAAUUAAUUAAAUUAUAGCUAAGAUCAAAAUUAUAUAAUGAAACUGCUUAUCAACAUAAUAAUCAAAUGCAUAACCAUACCUGUGCCUAUCGCACCUGUGAUAUUUAAAAACACCUUAUGCAUGUAAGAUCGCGAGAUUCAAAUUUGCUGGCCAUGUAGUAGCUGUGCUAUGAAAAUUACUGUUAGUUUACAAAUAAAGUCUUUGCUAAGUAAUAUCAGUCACUAGUCGGAUUGUAAGAAGAUGGUCCAUUGUGUGGUUUUAGAAAAGAGACAAAAAAAAAAAAAAAA